AUGCAUGACGCUUUGAGCCGGUUGGGUUCGGCCGAGCAGGAUAGGAGGCAACACUUCCACCAGAACGAAGGUCGGAGCAAGAACCAGGUUCUCUGGAUAGGCCAGAUAUGGAUGAUAGUCGGUGGCUCCAGUCUUAUCACCUACGGCACUGUCUCUAGAGAAGUUCUGGAGGGAGACAGUAUUGCCAUAAGGGACCAAAAGUCGAACAAUGAGAAAGAGGAUCGGGUCAUUCAGAUUAUGGACGAGAAUCGAAGGCUCUUUUACCUCCCGGUCGAAAAGUGCAAGAGUUUCUAUGAGCUGGAGACUUCCACCAGGGAUAGGAUUAGCCGACCCGAACAGGGCAUAAACCAUUACGAUCUAAGCUUCUAUUUGCCCAGCGAAGAGGUGCUGACGGCCUCGAGAUGGUCCAGCUUACUGAAGCUGGACGAUGUUCCUCUUCUCAGGGUUUCUAUCGAGCCCUUUUCCGACCCUGAGUCAGAUUCAGCGACUAGCAUGGCAAGUAGAAAGAGUGGCAAGUCUUCGAAGCCCUUCAGCGCAAAGGAGGUCAAGAUUAACUCGGACAUUUCUUUGGAUCUUGAAACUGACACCAACCGUCGGAAACACAACAUAGAUGAUGCCACAUCGAAGUCGAGCAGAUUUUUUGACUUCAGCUUGUCCCAAUCUAUGAACAAGUUCGUAGACUUUGCCUUCGUUGAGGAGGGUGCGUCAAACAGAUUCAGAGAAAUAUUGAACGAGGUCGAGACGGACCUGUUGCAGAUUUACAAAUACCAGCACUCGAAAACCAAUGUCGUGAUUCAACAGGUCUAUGAUGCCUUCGGCAGCAACAUCUACGAAGAAGCUGCGCAGCAAAGCUUUGAGGAUUUCAAACUUCGACGAGCAUCGCACGCGGUCGACGGUGUUAGGGACCCCAGAGGCCCGGAAACGUCACGCACCAAACUGAGCACACUCACGGAGAACUUCUUCAAGGUCUCGGUCCCAGCUCUCCAGGCAUUUGUCGUACACGACUUCAAUGCUUCGCUUAUUCUGAAGUACUUCGGCGGACUCGUCAAUGUGAUGACGGAUCCAACGUCAAGUGAGCUGCUAAGCAGGUUCAACGAAGAGAUGGAGCCUGACGACGACCAUCACUCUAACGAGGAGUCGAAACAGAGAUGGGUCAUAUCCAGGGACUUGAUAAAGCAAGCGGACCUGAGAUUCGUGCUGAGUUCCAGCACCGACCAAGUACAAUGCCCUGAUUGCGAACGGAGCACUAUAUAUUCGAGUCCGGACAAGGGAGUCUCUCAUCUUCGAAAAAUGCAUCUAGUCGGGGCCAAGACCGACAGGGUGCUGCGGGAUUACAUUUUCCCUUUGCCAGCCGCCGUUGCUGAACGACUGGAAGAAGAGGUUUGCGAGCUUCUCGUCUUCGGCCGCAACACGCUUGCAUCCACACUACGAAAACUAGUUGCCAUACAGAGCGGGGUGGUUCAUGACGACAGGUUCCGAGGCUCGGAACGGGGAAUCCCAUACUAUCUCGUCGAGGCUUUCAAGCUCAUCGUCCUCUUCGUUUGUGCACUUCCGGAGGCUCUCCACGAGCUGCGAUGGUUUUAUCACGACUUUGACUGCUCCAAAACGACGCAGAACCUGGUCUCGCAGAAGGUCCUUCAGCAGAGAAGAGCGAUUGAUAGGCUCGGAGAGUUGAUGAGCGACCUAAUCCGUAAGGCGGAGCGAACACUCGUUUCACCUACCAAUCCAGCCAAGAAGAACAACGCGGAACAUUUCAUGACUUCGGUCGGGAUCCAAUAUCUCUCACUUCAGAUCAUGUUCAAUAUGUUUCGAAGGCCCAUUUCCAACCGGAAGAAGGCAUCGGAACUGUAUGCGGCAUACGCAAAUAAUCUUGGGUCCGAAAUUCAACGCAACCCCUACAAAAGGCAGAUUCUUCGAAUCGGCGCCCUUAGCAGCGAGUUGAAUCUCCUCAAAGAUGUCGUAGAAUUGCAGAGGGGCUGCUUUGACUGUUUCGCCGCCUUAAUAUUGCCAGAAACAACCCACCCAUUGUUGGCCAAGCAGCUAGACAGACACGUUCUCUUCGAGAUCGAGGAAGGACUGCUUUCCGAGUUAGUCCAGGCCGUGAAGAAAGAGGAUGAGAAUCUGGACGGAACGCUGGAGCUCUGCAACGGGCUCAAGGGCCUCGUAGGCGAGCUGACGGAGAUCAUGGCGGACGACCAGGGGCGGGCCGUGUUUGUCUUCACCGUCGUUACCAUCACAUUCCUGCCGCUCAGCUUCGUAGCGUCGUAUCUGAGCAUGAGCGGCGGGACGGACGGCCUCGGGAUGGAAUGGGGCGACGUGCAGGCUCACUUCUGGAUGGUCGCGGGACCCUUGACUCACGCAAAAGGGUGA